AUGCCUCCACGACUAUCAUUACAGGGCAUCUCGAAGCCAUUUUCGGGCUCCUCACAUUUAUCCAAUCCAUUGACAAUCGUCAAGCGCGAACCAUGCAAAGUCGAUAUUCGCGCAGGCUCAUUCGAGGCUCGACAAAGACGACGACAUGACCCAUUCCUCAUGGCCCAGUCGCGUCAACGUAAAGCCGCCAAUAUAUCUCGCCAACAAGCUCUGUUCGAAGAACGACAGGCUGCCUUGGGCGACCCCGUGAAAAGCGAACCUACUCCAUUCAUUCAGCAGAUCGACGCAAUCCAGUCCGGCAACAUUCCUCCUCAAACUGUCGGAUCAGCCAAUGUCAGCACAUGGAACCAUUUCAUCAAGGCUGACGAAUUCGACUCGGCACUCGAGUACUCCAAAACUCUCACAGAGCCCCUGCCACCGCAGGACGCGAACAUCGCUGAUCCUCACGCACACGCACAACAGAUCCAACGACACGAACAAGCUCACCAAAAUGCACUGGAGGCAAUGAAGCGUAUCGUGCAGCUGUCCAGCGGAAAUACCGCGGAUCGUACUCGAGUCAACAUCGAAGCUUGCAUUGAAACCUUUGGUCGACACAACACCGACAAGGUUCUGCCCCCGAAACCAGCUGCUGUAACAACUACAGAACACCCCGAAAAGACUCCCCGAGCCGGCCCGGACACUGGGUCACCGGAAGUCCAAGUUGCUAUUUUGACAACCAAGAUUAUGAAUUUAUCGCGACAUCUUCAGACGACCAACAAAGACAGACAUAAUAAGCGCAAUCUUCGAGUGCUUGUACACAAGAGACAGAAGUUGCUUCAAUAUCUGAGAAGGAAAGAGCGAGGAGGCCCGCGAUGGCAGAAUCUGAUGACAUCUCUUGGUCUGUCAGAUGCAGCCUGGAAAGGUGAAAUCAGCAUGUAA